GAUGGUCCUGAGGAUAUGCACGCAAUCGAUAGUUGUGAAUAUAUAUGGCAGGCUGGCGUUGGAUUUGCACAAGUACCCGCUCAAAAUGCAACGCAUGAUUCUAACCGGGCUGAACUUCUUAAACUUCUUUUAACAUGCUUUUCGGAGACAAUGUAUCUUACGCAGGAGGAAGCCAAAACCAAACAUAAUCGCUGGGUUUCAUAUUUUACCAGCGCUGAAAAUCGUCAUGCUCUGCCAUUAUUUGCAAGUUUAUUAAAUAUUGUAUGUGCAUAUGAUCCUGUUGGUCUUGGAUUACCUUACAAUCAUCUGGUAUUUAAUGAUGCCCGCGAACCGUUGGUUGAAACAGCCCUUCAGGUUUAA